AAAUAAUUUGGUCGUUUGGUAACUCUACACAAGAAUGCGACUGUUGCCGAUUGUUUCAACUCUGCUGCUGAUCUUAGCUGUGGUGAGAGGGUUUAACGAGGUCGAGAGAGAGGAGACGUCUAAUGACUUUGACAGUAUUGACCUGCCCGACCUGCCCACAACUGGACCAGCGGACUUCACCUCGAGUACCACUCCAGAGGGUCCUGGAGAAAUUGGAAUAUUCGACCCACUCCCGUACCCUGUGAUCGAGUCCUACCCACAAUCCCUACAAUUGAACGUGGGAGAUAUGGCAGAGUUUGAGUGCAAAGCAUCUGAUCAUGCUGAUCAUAUGCCCAACUGGCCAAAACACGAACUUUUUAUCGAGAUGUUCUACGAGGAUGAUCCUAAGAGGGACUUGACAGCUGUGGAGCACGACUGGUUUGAAGACGUCACUAAGAGCACCAAAUCUCGACCGAGUCACCCUAAAGGACGUAUUGACAUCACUGAAGUUGCAGAGAUAUACUUGUCUAAGGAUGCCGUGACGAAAGAAGACGAAGGAUGGUACAGAUGCCGAGCGUGUAUUUACAAAGGAGAUCCAGAGAAUGAAGCGUGUGAUAAGAACUAUGCCAAAUUUUACUUGAGAGUAAAAAACGAACCUGGAUGGCAAGCAGAUGAGGCUGAGUCUGCUACCACCUCGACACCUUACUAUCAACAACCUGGUGCCAUCACUUUCCGUGAAUCACCCCGAUCUUCUUGCCAGGUAUUUGGUGAUCCUCACGUCAUAACCUACGACGAUAUGGUCUACAAUAUGCCUUCCACCAGCUGUGACUAUGUCCUGUCGCUAGAUCAGGGUGCGGCAUCUUUCUUUGUCUACGGUAGGAUGCGUCCUUGUGGAAAUCUUGUUGAAGGUAACUGUCUCGAGUCUGUCACCGUUUACGCUAAACGUGAUGCCAUUCAGCUACAACGAGGAUGGUUAGUGAACCACAGAGGACAAAAAGUAGAGACCAUGAGAACGUCCGGGCCAAUAGAAGUAGGAGUAUUUGAGGUGGAGUUUACAGGAACAACACUGGAGGCAAGGGUGCUGCUGAGCGAGGACCAAAACGAGCAGGACUGGCUCAAGAUUCGAUGGGAUGGUUUCAUGACUCUUACCAUAGAAGUACCUCAAAGCACCAAGACUCAAGGCCUUUGCGGUAACAACAACCAGGAUCCAAUCGAUGACUUUGAUCUUUGGGGACAAUUCAAUGACAACUUGAUCUUAUUUGCAGAGAGCAUGAAAGUGGACAGAAAUUGGCGAUGUGGUGCUGGAAGCCCAGCUCCUUCUAUGGACGAGGUUAGGGGCCUCUGUGGAGACAAGAAAUACGGUAAAGCAGUAAUUAGGUGCAACAAAAUCUUCGCUAUCCAUUCCUUUGAAAAUUGUGUCCAUGAUAAACGACCUUACGUUGAUGCCUGUAUCUACGACCAGUGCAAGGGAAUCAACAUACAAAAUGAUCUGUAUGACUGGAUGAUAAUCCCCAAAGUGGACCGAGUUCUUCCUCCCGGGUGCAACGCAGCAGAAGCUUACGCCAUGAAGUGUUCCAGGAAGUCGUGGACUAAAGAUGGAGAAAUCAUCGCUGAGAUCGACAUGUCAGAGUGGGAAGCUGAUCUGAGAACGUCCAAUAGUUGUCCGUCUAGAGCGGUUAAAUUGGAUAACAUUCCCAAAAUGGGGUGCCCGCAGAGUUGGAUGCAAUAUUAAAUCUGUUUGACCACCAGAUUUACGAGACACUUGAUGAUAAGAUCUUCUUUUCCUCACAAUCUGUUAUAAUUCAACAUACUGCUAUGUGAGGGAAAUAAGUUAAACUAUUUCUCUUUCGCUUCAAUUUUAAAAAAAUGAGACCAUAUCUUAUAUAGAUCACUUUGAUCAAGGAAAAAAACAAAACUUAAAAUUCUGACAAUUUCUGAACGUAUUAACUACAUUUUCAGGGUCUUCAAUUUGUGUAAAAUUAAUGAUGACUGACAUUUUUAACUUCUGAAAUUUUA